AUGAGAUGUACUUAAGCUGAUCAUUUAAAUUAACAAAUAAUUGGAGUUUGCAUUGAUAGUAAAUGCCAAUAGUAAAGACCUUAUUGUAAUUUUUGCCUGUCUAGUCAUGGUCAACACUUAAACAAGUUAACAUCAUUAGAACUUAUAGAUGAUUGGAUUCGUAAAAGAGUACUAAUUGUCCAGAAUGUUGAAUAAAAGAUCUGUGAGUGCAAAUUAGCCCUUGAUUGUCUUCUAAAUAAAUUUAUUAAUUUAUACAAUAUUAAUUUGGUAUAGUUACCUAAAUUAGGACUUACAUAGAUCGACAAAAUUAUUAAAGGUUUAAGUUUAAUUGAGUUAUGGGAGAAAACUUUACUUAACUAAUUCCAAUAAUCUAUCGAAUAAAUUAUAUAGAUAGUUAAAGAAAUUUUGGAAAACCAAAAAAAAUAAACAAAUGUAAGCUAAACAGAUAAUUUAUAAAUUUUAAAUCCUUUUAAGAUCAAAGAAUAGAUUUUUGAAUAACAAAUAAAUCUAAAUCCCAUUAAAUACAAUCUAAAACCAUUCACUAUUGAAUUGAUGAAUUAAAAUUCUAUUAAAUAAGAAGAUUUUUGUUAUGCAAUUGCAAUUAAUAAAGAUAACUCAAUUGUUGUAGCAGGGUGUGGUAAGUAAAUUAAAGUAUUUGAUCUCAAAUAAGGAAAAUUAAAUCAAUCAUAACUCUUAAGUGAUCAUUAAUAAAAUGUAUCAACAUUAAACUUUAUGAAGAAAUCAAAUCAUUUUGUAUCUGGAAGUUAUGAUAAGUUAAUUAUAAUAUGGUAGAUGAAUCAAAAUAAUAAUUAAUGGACUUGCUAAUACAAAUUGGAUGGACAUUCUGAUACUAUUAGUACUUUAUUAUUUAAUAAUAAUGAAAAUGUUAUUAUUUCAGGUAGUUAUGAUUCAUCUAUUAAAUUUUGGAAUAAAUAAAAUAAAUGGUUGUGUUAAUAAACCAUUAAAGAUCAUACUAGUCGUGUCUAUUCAUUAAGUUUAAAUGAAAAGUAAGAUAAAUUGAUAUCUUGUUCAUAUGAUAAAUAUAUAUUAGUAAUUGAAUAUUCUUAGAAUGAUUAGAUAUGGAAUGUGAUUUAAAAGAUAAAUGUAGAAUAAUAUGGAUUUCGAUAAAUUAAUAUUAAUCAAUUCAUAAUGGAAGCCAUUUAGGAAUAAUAAAAUUCUGGAAGACUGGACUAUGUUCAUUAAACAGGAUUAUUUCCAAAUCACUGUACUAGAUAAAUAUAAUCAAAUAAUAUUCUCAAAAAAAAUUUUAAAGAUGAUUAAAACUAGAACUUCUAAUAAUGA